AUGGUGCUGCUUGCUGCUGCAGUUUGUAACCGUACUGGAAAAGCUCUCAUAUCUAGGCAGUUUGUGGAGAUGACCCGGUCAAGAGUUGAGGGUCUCCUGGCUGCUUUCCCGAAGCUGAUGGGAACCGGCAAACAGCACACAUUUGUAGAGACGGAAAGUGUUCGUUACGUGUACCAGCCGUUGGAGAAGUUGUACAUUCUGCUGAUAACUACAAAAGCUUCCAAUAUCCUGGAAGAUCUAGAAACCCUUCGACUGUUUGCAAAAGUGCUGCCUGAGUACUGCCGCAACAUGGAGGAGUCUGACAUCAUAGACCAAGCAUUUUCACUGAUUUUUGCAUUCGAUGAAAUAGUUGCCCUCGGCUACCGGGAAAAUGUUAACCUGGCUCAGAUUAGGACGUUCACGGAGAUGGACUCGCAUGAAGAGAAAGUAUUUCAGGCUGUCAGACAGACCCAAGAGAAGGAAGCCAGGGAUCAGAUGAAGAAGAAGGCCAAAGAGAUUCAACAGAAGAACAGAGAGAUGGCCAAGUCUGGUCGUACCACAGGUAUUGGCAGUGGGGGAGGCUUUGGCAGUGGCUCCUACCGUUCUGAGGUGACGCCGGUCAUCGACGCCAGUUCCACCUUGGAUGCUCCAAGCAAGACAUCUUAUAGCAAGGCCAGCAAGCCUGUCAUCAGCGGUCCCAGCAAAGCAUUGAAGCUAGGAUCCAAGAAGAAGGAUGUCGAUUCAUUUGUGGAUCAGUUGCAGUCUGAGGGCGAGAGAGUGGCUGACUCAUCAAAGUCCCUGACAGCCCCAGUCAGCAAGUCCAGCACAUCAGCCAUUAACCAGGAGAGGGUGCACUUGGUGGUGGAGGAGAAGAUCUCAUUGACCGCAGGCAGGGAUGGAGGUCUGCAGAACAUGGAGGUCCACGGGAUGCUGCGACUGAGGAUCAACGAUGAGAAGGCCAGCAAGGUCAGGGUCAAGGUCACCAACAAUGAUAAAAAGGGCAUCCAGUUACAGACUCAUCCGAAUAUCGACAAGAAACUCUUCGCCCAGACUUCGGUGGUCAGUCUCAAGAAUCCAGAAAGGGGUUUCCCUGUGGGCCAGGACAUUGGGGUGCUCAAGUGGAGGUUCCAGACGCAGGAUGAGUCUCACAUGCCUUUGUCGAUCAACUGCUGGCCUAAUGAAAACGGAGAGGUCAACAUUGAAUAUGAACUUGAACAAGACAACCUAGAACUGGAGGAUGUUCAAAUUAACAUCCCUUGUCCAAGUGGUGCCGGCGCUCCAGUCGUCAGAGAAUGUGACGGGGAACACCACUACGACAGCCACAAGCGGAUGCUGCAGUGGCGGCUUCCUUUUAUAGACUCCACCAACAAAUCAGGGAGCAUGGAGUUUACCAUCAACGGCCAGCCUGACGACUUCUUCCCCGUCACUGUCACCUUUGUGUGCAAGCGUUCUUUUUGUGAUAUCACGGUUAAUGAGGUACAACAGAUCGACGGAGAUGCAGUGGAAAAGUUCUCAUCAGAAGUCUUGUUCUAUGUGGAUAAAUAUGAAGUGGUUUGA